CUAAGUUUUUAUCUUCGAGCAGCGCCUCCUCCCAAGUAAGUCUCCAGUUCUUCUCUAGAUCUAGAAGAUCGAUCAUGUCUGGGAGAGGCAAGGGAGGCAAGGGUUUGGGCAAGGGCGGCGCCAAGCGCCACCGCAAGCAUCUCCGCGACAACAUCCAGGGCAUCACCAAGCCGGCGAUCCGGCGUCUGGCUCGCCGUGGCGGCGUGAAGCGAAUCAGCGGGCUGAUCUACGAGGAGACCCGUGGCGUGCUCAAGAUCUUCCUGGAGAACGUCAUCAGGGAUGCGGUCACCUACACGGAGCACGCUCGGCGCAAGACGGUCACUGCCAUGGACGUCGUCUACGCGCUCAAGAGGCAGGGUAGGACCCUGUACGGCUUUGGCGGCUAGGGCGGAUUCCACGCAAGCAAUCUUGGGAGUGAGCCCCAGGCUUGUAAAUUCUCUCAUUCCCCUCUUUUGCAUUUCUGUACGGACACUACUAUAGUUCCAAAAAUUCUUUGUUUUGUCUCGA